AUGCCAGUUAAUUUCUUAACUAGUGUUGUAUUUGAUGGACCUGAGGUUAUUCCAUAUUGGAAACAAAUUAAAGAAUAUGGACCUAUAGUAGGACCAAUAUUAUUAACUCUUGGAGGAUUAAAAUAUUAUUCUCAUGGAGCUACAAAUACUUGGGAUCGUGAUAUGCAUGGGAAAGUAUUUAUGAUAACCGGAGGUACUAGUGGUAUUGGUGCAGAAAUUGUUUAUGAAUUAGGUAAAAGAGGAGCACAAUUAAUAUUAUUAACUAGAAGAACAAAUGAUCAAUGGAUAGCUGAAUAUAUUGAAGAUUUAAGAGAUAAAACAAAUAAUGGAUUAAUUUAUGCUGAAGAAUGUGAUUUAAAUUCAUUAUAUUCAAUUAGAAAAUUUGCUACUAAAUGGUUAGAUAAUACCCCACCUAGAAGAUUAGAUGGAGUUAUUUGUUGUGCAGCCGAAUGUAUUCCAAAAGGUGGAUUAAAACAAUUUACAAUUGAUGGAAUUGAAAAACAAAUGGGUAUUAAUUAUUUGGCCCAUUUCCAUUUAUUAACUUUAUUGGGUCCUUCAUUAAGAGUACAACCACCAGAUAGGGAUGUUAGAGUGUUAAUUGCUACUUGUUCAUCACAAAAUUUAGGUGAUGUUGAAUUGGAAGAUUUAUUAUGGGAAAAUAAAGAAUAUCCUAAAAAUCAACCAUGGAAAAUAUAUGGAAGUUCUAAAUUAUUAUUGGGAUUAUUUGCUAAAGAAUAUCAACGACAAUUAAUGGCAUAUGAAAGAAAAGAUCAAACACCAUGUAAUGUUCGUAUUAAUAUGGUUAACCCAGGACUUGUUAGAACGCCAUCAACAAGAAGAUUUAUAUCAAUGGGUAGUAUAUGGGGGUUAUUUUUAUAUUUAAUUAUGUUUCCAAUUUGGUGGUUAUUUCUUAAAAGUGUUACACAAGGAGCACAAUCAUUUUAUUUUGCAUUAUUUGCACCUAUAUUUAUGAAAAUUGAAGGAGGAAAUAUUAUUCAAGAAUGUAAAAUUAUGACAAAAGCAAGAAAAGAAUAUACUGAUGAAGAAUUACAAGUGAAAAUAUUUAAACAAACAGAAGAAUUGAUUAAAAAAAUUGAAAUGAAAUCAGCUAUUGAACGUAAAAGACAUGAAAAUUCAAGUAAAUCAAAACAAGAAAAGAAGAAAGAAUUGGAUAGAAAGAAAGAUAUUAAUAUUAAACCAGAAACUCCUGAAGAAUUGGAAUAUAAAUUAAAUACAUUAAGAAACCAAAUUGGUAUUGGUAUUGGUAAUGGUAAUAAUGGUGAUCCUAAUGAAAUGCCAUUAUUUCCCGAUGAUGAAGCAUUAAAGAGUGUUGGUAAUAGUGGUAGUGGUAAAAGUACUGCAAUUAAGCAAAAAUCAAAUAAAACCAAAAGGAAAUCUAAAAAAGUAUAG